UGAUCGGUGACGCGAAUCACUAUGGUGAUCAAAAUGGAGACGUCAACACAAGCGAAUCUCUUAAUUAAGAAGAUAAUAAUACCAAAUUAUUUAUUGAUUUUGUAACAUAAUUCUUUGUUCAACAAUGAGUCAUCCAGACUAUAAUCAGAGAGUUGAUCAUCAUCGAUGUUUACUUAUAAUUGUGAAACCAAUAGGAACACAAAUCGAUAAAAAGAAAUUCAGCAAAAUAUACAAGAAAAUUUCUCGAAUUCAACAUAUUACAAUACAACUAGCAGAAAAUUCAAGAGAAAUCUGGCUUAGAUAUAAAAAGAAUUAUUCAGUAGAAAGUAAUAGUUGGGGUGAUUUUCAAAGUCAUCGUAAAAUUCUAGGUCUAAUAACAAUAGGUAAAUGCAAUUAUAAAGAAGAUUUAGAGACACUAUGGAAAUGUCAUAAUAGUUUAUGUGAAAAAUAUUCUAGUACUUUAUUUGAUUCUCAAUGCCUUCUUUUUGGAAUGCGUUCUACUGAUAUUUGUACAACUUCCUCUGCAAAAAGUAAAUGUUUCCUUCAGUCUAAAAAUAUUGCAUCAACUGUAAAAAGUAAUGUAACAGCUAGCUGUGAUAUUAAUUUAGAAAAACCAAUAAUGAAAACAUCACAAUUUGGAACAUUCAUGAAUGGUAUUUUUAUGUCUGACAGUAAUCCAAAUUCUCUUAGCAGAUCAUUUCAUGAGACUGAAUUUGAAACAUCUAGUAGAUUGUCUCCUUUCUCAGAAAGUUCUAUAAAAUUUAAAAGAACUAAAGAAAAUUUAAGAAGGGAUGAAUGGAUGAAACAGGAUGAAAAAGAUGAAAUGACUUUCUCAAUCAUUGAUGAUGACAAAGAUGUCAUAGAAGCCGAAACUCAAGAAUCUGAAAGUUGCAUUAAACCAAAUUUUAUUUUGUAUGAAAAUUUUGAUAACUGCAGCCAUUUAGAAAGUGAUAUAUAUUCUUUUAUCUCAUCUUUAUUUUGGACAUUAGAAUCUAAACGAUUGGAUUAUUUAGAAAGUCAUUCAUUUAAUGUACCACAUCUUAUUACUCCCAUAGAAAAAGAUGGUAAUCAUAAAACACCUCUUGAUAAUAGAAAACUUUGGUUAGGUAGAAUGAAAAAACAUAUUGCUGACUUAAAUCUUCAGGCUGGUCUUCCACAUGAAGCAUUUUCUAUGUAUACAUUUGCAAUUGAAUUACUUAAGAGUGCAGGUGAUUGGUUGUGGUUGGCAGGUACUUAUGAAGGACAAUGUGCUUCAUCAAUGAUCUGUUUAUAUCCUGAUCAACAUUAUGGUCUUGUUGGACAGAAAAAUUCUUCUUUUCCUUCUAAAUAUUCUACAUUAUCAGUUUCUAAGGGAGCUACAGCUCAGCGAGCAAAGAGUGGAAGUUUACCUAGAAAUACUCAAGCUUCAACUAUUGCAGUAGGAAGAGGAAUAUUUUCACCUGAGAAAAUAACUGAUAAGUUUAGAGAAGCCAUUGUUCAUUACAGUAAAGUUAGUUGUUACUUUUAUCAGAAGAAAAUUAUUAUACAAUGGUGGUCCAAUCUUUUUGAUUUAUAUACAGAAAUGAAUUUUCAUAGAAAAGCAGCAUUUUACAAGCAUACUUCAGCAGUAUGUUGUGUUUCACCUCAUACAACAACUCCUGAUUGGAAUCAGAUACAAUGGUGGUCCAAUCUUUUUGAUUUAUAUACAGAAAUGAAUUUUCAUAGAAAAGCAGCAUUUUACAAGCAUACUUCAGCAGUAUGUUGUGUUUCACCUCAUACAACAACUCCUGAUUGGAAUCAGUGUUGUGAAUUUUUGCUUCAAACCAAUCAAGGAUAUAAAAUUGUUUAUGAAGCAGAUAAUCAGUUAUGCAAUAAGAGGGGUUGGCCUAGUCUGCAAAUUAAAAUUUUGCAGGAAACUAUUGGUGCUGCCACAAAAACAGGAAAUAUACUUCUUGCCAUCAGAUUACUGACUUUUAUGCUAACGACAUUUUUGGAUGAUCUAACUGAAAAUGAGAAAUUAGAAACAUACAAUCACUUAGGAAAUUUAACAUCAGCAGUUAAUGAUUCAACAACAACUUUACUAAUAAAAAAUGAUAUAGUUAUACCUCAGUUUCAUUUACUUAAAAUUCCAUAUAUAAAGUCUUUUAAAUUACAAAAGCCUUCCUCACAUUACUUUCCAUUCCAACUUUCAUCAAAAUGCAAAAUAUACCAAGAAUCAUCAUUUAUAUGCUCUCCAAUUCAAAGAAACUACAAAAAGAAGCCAAGUGAUCGUAACAAAGUUGAUUUUAAAUGGGUUUGUGAAGAUAUAUGUGAAGUUUUACUGGAAGUUUUUAAUCCUUUACCAUUUGAAUUACAAGUCACACAAAUGGAAUUAUUGACUGAUUUAAUGGACUUUGAGAGUUUUCCGACUCAACUUACACUCGCUCCAAACUCUGGACCUCAUCCUGUAACUCUUCUUGGGAGACCUUUAACAUGUGGCGAACUUAAAAUACUUGGUUAUAGAACAGAAAUUCAGGGAGUAACUAGCCUCUGCUAUAUAAAAGAUUUAAAUAAUUUGAAGGAAAGUUAUUUUGCAGUUGAUGUUAUUCCAGUUCUUCCUCAUCUGGAAAUAACAACAAGUCUUCCAACAUCAAACACAUACUCUGUUCAUAAAGAUAUUGGACCAGCUGUAACUAGUGGUGUAACAAAUUUAUAUUGUGGAGAAAGUCAAGAAUGUUCAGUAACCCUAUUUAAUGAUGGAAGAGGAGAAGUUGAAUUUGUUGAUAUUGAAAUAUUGAAAGGUAAUAAAGUAGUAGUUUUGGAGUGGAAUAUGAAAGAAUUGAACAGUCAAAUUCCAAUUGUUGCUGGUGGUGCAGCUACUUUUAAAGUAAAUAUUCUUACUACAGGUGAUAAUUUUGGUCUAAGGGAAAAUAAUCCUUUAUCAGGUACAAAUUGUUCCUCUUACAAUGAAAUUUCCAAUGGUUAUUACAGAGAUAAAUGUGCUUUUAUUCCAAAGAAGAGUUCCAGUUAUGCUGACUUAACAAAUCCUAUGAUUGUAGAAACAUAUGUACAAUUUAAAUAUAGUGGAAGUGCUGGGAAGACAGAGGGAUAUUGUCGUCAGUCUAUUAUUGUUGUUAUUGUAGAGUUAUUACCAUCACUUCUUAUUACAAAUUGGGAUGUUAUGACAUCUGAAUUACCUUCUCUUUGUUAUUUAUCACUUGAUGUUUUUAAUGCUACAAAUCAGGAAAUGGAAUUGGAAUAUGGUGAUAAAAAAUGGAUACAANAUUAUUUUUUUAUGAUUAAAAAUAAUGUGUGCGCACACACAAACACUGUAUUUUCUCAAUUAAACAACCUGGGAUUCAAAUAA